AUUUCGGUGGGUGGGGUAUAAAUUAUAAUUAUCAUUUAAACUCAUAAUAUUUGUUAUUUUGUACAUAAUGAUGUCCCUCGACUUGUGUGUCCAUUAGUGCUUUUGUAAUGCAACACCAAGAUAUGAUUGGAUUUUUUGUCCAUCAUUUUGUUGAAUACUUCCUCUUGUUAAUUUAUUCAGUUCUACAACAAGCACUCCAGUGGCAAUGCCAUCUGUGGCACCUACAACGGCUACGCCUUCCACCACCCCUACUUCAAACAGCGGUUCACCUCUUGGGACAACUCCUUCCGGCACUGCCACACCAAAUGGUGGUUCACCUGUGGUGACUACCCCAUCUACAACCACCACCACCGGUAGCACAACAUUAAAUGGAACUUCGCCUCUUGUGACAACUCCUUCUAUAGGUGUAUUAGGCGGUACUAACAGCAGUUUAGGUCCUUCAGGAUCUGACAUCAAUACAGACAUGAAUGAUGGUGGGAUUUCACUACAAAACAUCCGUCCCUACUCCUUCUUUACCAUGAUCAUCGCGUCAUUUGUAGGGUUCUUGUUCUUGUGGGCUUGAGAAAGAAGAAUAAUGGCUAUUCAUUUGGAGUUAAAUUUUUAUGUUAUGUCCUUGUAUGUUAUGCAUGGGAUCUCAACCAUGUGGAUUUCUUCCAAUGCAUUGUUUUGAAAUCACUUGGCAGUUAUUUUUUACAUUAGUGAUAUUAUAGGUAA